AUGGUUGAGUACAGUAGAAUCGGCGACAAGGUUUGGGCGACAUCGUACAAUUCUGCAAGAGCAACAGGCGCCAUCAGAGACGACGAAAUCUCCUACCUGCUGUACCGCAUAGACCAAUGGUAUGAAGACCUUCCGGAAGACUUGAGGCUUUCUUCAAAUGAGCAGAUGGCCAGCCCAAAUGUAAACUCUACAACAUCUAGAGGUCUUCAACGGCUGCAGGUCUUGCUUCAUCUGCGAGCCAACCAAAUGAAGAUCCUUCUCCUUCAACCGUUCCUCCACUCAACAUCCAGUCUCAAGUCCAACAAAUCCAAGGUUCAGUCACUCGUCAACCUCGCUCAGGACACUAUCCAGAUGCUCGACUCUCUUAAUAAAUCAACAGACAUCUACCAAAAUCAACAAAUGUGCUUCAACCAUUUUCUUGUCUCCGCUCUCGGAGUCAUCUUCCUGGUCGUUGCGCUGUCACCAACCGAACACGGCGCUUCAGUCCGCGAUGAGUUCCACACCGCACUGGACUUGAUCAGGGGUCUCAGUGCCAGGUCCUACGUCUCAAGUCGACUCUGGAGGAGAAUAAGCGACCUGCGGCUCGCUUGGCGAAAGCUAGGAUUGAAUGCUCCUCAGUCUAGGGAAGCCAGAGAGCCAAGUACGCAGCAAGGUCACGCGCUGGUUACACCACCCACCUCAUCUGGAGGGAUGGACAUCCCACCUGGAAGCGUGCCGACAGGUGUCGAUGAUGGGUUGCGCGGCCCAGAGCUUGAUACAUGGCCAGCAGGCUCCGGUGAGCCUUUCACGGAGGCUCAGAUGGCGCAGGAGCUGAAUGACUUUUUCAACUCGAUAGAUGGCGGGGGAGACUUUGGGAUUCCUUUACCUGUUCUGGGUACCGACGGCGACGGCCUCGAUCCAGAGAGAGGUCCCGAAGAUGCGUUUCUCGUGGACGAUAUGAACGCCUCCAUGGAUGUGUCACACUUAUUUGUAGAUAUGCUAUAA